AUGUCGAUGGAUCUCAUUUGGGAGUCGGCUAUGUUGUCCAAAGUCGUUUUCUCUACCUCGGCGUUACGCCCGAAAGUCACUUUUGCGAGUGCGGUGAGAGUUCGCCACUUUACUGCUGCUGUUGAUGAUGGAAAUAAGGUUAUCUUACCUCGCGACUCGAAUCAGGCUUUGGGGAUUGGGAAAUUCGCGGUGGAUUUCCUAGAUGGAAAGAUCGGUCGCGAUAUCGAUGAGCGUGUAUAUGAGAGAGCUCAGAUGUUCCACACUGAUUCGGUUAUGUGUGGUAUAUCGGCGUUGGCGAUGCACACGAAUGCGCCGACUAUACUGAGGCAGGAGGCACUGCAGGAGUAUCGAGAUAUGCGGGGUGCGAAAGUUUUUGGCAGUUCUGAAAGGGUGAAGGCUGAGAAGGCGAUUGUUGCUAACUCUAGUGCAGUGAGGGAGUGGGACUCUAACGGUACUGUGUUUGGUUAUAACGCCAGUAAUAGGAAGCAUCAGGCGGGAGAAUUUGGGCAUAAUGAUUUCUAUCCGGUGGUAAUCGCCGCUGCGCAGAAAACUGGAGAGGUUGAUGGGAAGAAAGCGUUGAAGGCUAUGAUACUAGUUCCCAAAACUAACGAGGAAGCGUGGACCAGCUGGAUGCUAUCCCCACACGACUACGGUCAUCAGGCGUUGAAUGAUAGGCAGACCAGAGAUCUGAUGGAGAAAAUAAGUUUUUCUCAUGGAGGGUCUGAAUACGACCAGAAAUAUCCGGACGGAAUUCCGACGUCUGUGGAGAUCACUGAUGAUGAUGGUAAGAAGUACUGUAGCGGUAUGGUUAUGUACCCGUCGGGACAUGCGAGGAACAACACCGCGGACUUGAAUGCAAUUCUCGAGUUCAAACACAAAAUGUUAGCUGAGCUUGAGGAGCUUUCAAAGCUAGAUUAUAGAGGAAUGUUUGUUGUUCAUUACAUCCCGUGGAGAGGUAUAAGAGCUGGCAAGCAGUUAUCCGACUCGAAGGGAGCCUCAGCGGCUAUAAGUACGGAGGCUGCUGUGUUGUGCAUGCAACGUGCGAUGAGCGGGUUCAUGGGGCCUAGGGACGUUUUUCGCAACCCGGAAGCGAUUUUCCGCUACUUUGAGCCUCAAGAAGAUGGACAAUGUCCGUUCGACAUUGAGCUGAGUCAUAGUGGAAGUGACUUUGCAGUGAUGGGAAUGCACUUCAAACUUGGUUUGUAUGAGCACCAGAGUGCAGGCGCUCUACAGGGGAUGAUUGACAUUCUGAUGUAA